AGCUAUUUGACAACUAAUAGUAUUUUUUAUUGAGAAUUAAAUUUAAUAGUGUCACAAGCUAAAUCUAUUUUGUGGCCAAAACGCCACCCACGUGUCGCCCUCCCUAUCUCCUCAUUGGCCAUUCCCUUCUUCUCUCCUUAAGAUUCGCCGCUCCCAUUGCCAAAUCUGUUUUCUUCGUUUCCAUUUUCUCUUCCUAUUCACUUUAUACUCGCACCUCCCCACCACUCCCAACAUUUUGGUUAUGGGUAUGGUCGAUGAUGGCGGCCUUCGAUGUUUCGCCGGCGACGACGUCGGCGGCGGCAGCAGAUGGAGUCUGUCUGCCGCCGCUGCUACCCGACCUUGCGACUAUUGUAAGGAGUCGUCCGCGUCCGUGUUCUGCGAGGCGCACGCCGCGUUUGUUUGCCUGUCCUGCGACGCGGUAGCGCACGACGGCGACGCGGUAGCGCACGACGGCGGCGCGGGGCCUUUCCACCGCCGCGUCUGGGUCUGCGAGGUCUGCGAGCGGGCUCCGGCCACCGUCACGUGCAAGGCGGACGCCGCCGCGCUGUGCGUUGCUUGCGACCGCGACAUCCACUCCGCCAACCCGCUCGCCCGCCGCCACGACCGCGUCCCCCUCUCGCCGUUCUACGACUCCGCCGCCGAAGUGGCCCUCCGCUCGUCCUACGCCGCCGCCGAUCCCCUCCCGUGGGAUCCUGCGCCUCUCUCCAACUCCAAAUCUCAGAUUCUCAUCCCGGAUAUGAAAUCCUCGUUUUCGUCGUUCCCGGACUCCGAUCGUUUCUUAGAUUUUGACUAUCACGUCUCCCUUUCCGGCACAAAUUGUGUCGGACAAUACGACGCCGGAAAUGAUAGCAUCGUCCCCGUCCGAUCAUCCAAAUCUUCGGCUCCGAUCUCGAACCAGUUCGACAUCGAUUUCACAACCCCCAGUGCAAUGUCUUCCAAUUCUCGCUCACUGAGUCACAGUGUUUCUUCGACGUCGUUUGAUGCAGGGGUGGUGCCGGAGGGGAGCUCGGCGUCGGAAAUUUCGUACUCUCUGGGGCAGACGGUGGGAGGCGGCGGCGAUCUGAGCAGCUCCACCGGCGUACAGUUGGCGGGAAAGGAUAGAGAGGCGAGAGUGAUGAGGUACAGAGAGAAGAGGAAGAACAGGAGGUUCGAGAAGACGAUAAGGUACGCGUCGCGGAAGGCUUACGCGGAGAUGAGGCCGAGAGUGAAGGGCCGAUUCGCGAAGAAGACGGAGAUGGAGGUCGACAUUGAGGCCAUCCUCGCCGCUGAUUUCUCCGGCGACCACGGCUACGGCGUCGUGCCGUCCUUCUGAUCACGGCCGGCCGGCGGGAAAAAAUCCCGAUCGCACGCCCGUAUGCGCGCACAGGCGCAAUAACUCGAACGGCGCCGUUUUCCGGAUGAUGAAAAAGUGUAAUUAAACUACUUCGUUUUAAAAAAACCUUUUAUAUUUUCCUUGGUCGUAAUUACUUUUUGCAUGGAUAAAUCAAAGAAACCAACACUAUUGGG